CGCGAGUCGCCAGUGUGAUACGGUCUUAUCGUUGUGAGUAGGCAGAAAUUGAGCAUCGAAUCAGCGACCGUGUCGGAUCAGGCAUCGCAAUCCUGCAUUGCAACAUUACGUAUACACAGGAUUGUAUACGAUUUAUGACACGAAAACUCUCUAUGCCACCCGUGUUAUGAUUCCGAGAAGAUGCAGUCUAUUAUCGACAUUUCGCUACAUAUCCAGUUUGCUAUCUAAGAAGCAGUGUGGUGUCGUACACAGUCCUGUGGAUCGUUCUCUGAUUGAAAGGGUUCUAUUCCCAGUCGGACGAUACACUAAUAGGUCGGAUUACGAAUCAUCGGCAUAUCUCUUAUCAACUGUCAGAAUGGCGUCAACGUCUAAAGGCAAGGACAAAAACACCAGCCAUUUUGGCGCAAAAAAACUGAAUCGUUUAAGCUUGGAGAAGUCGCCGUAUCUGCUGCAACAUGCAACUAAUCCCGUGGAAUGGUAUCCUUGGGGUGACGAGGCUCUGGAACAAGCGAAGAAGGAGGAUAAGAUGAUUUUCUUAUCUGUCGGUUACUCUACGUGCCAUUGGUGCCAUGUGAUGGAAAAAGAAUCUUUUGAAAACGAAGAAAUUGCACACAUUAUGAAUGAUAACUUUAUUAAUAUUAAAGUAGACAGAGAGGAGAGGCCUGAUAUUGACAGGAUAUACAUGACAUUUGUUCAAGCAAAAUCGGGUCAUGGUGGUUGGCCGAUGAGUGUUUUCCUAGCGCCUAAUUUAACACCGGUGACAGGCGGAACAUACUUCCCACCGGAUGACAGAUAUGGCCUCAUAGGGUUUAAAUCACUCCUGCUAGAAGUUGCGAAGAAGUGGGCACAGCAGAAGAACGACAUAAUAAAAUCAGGCGCUAAUAUAGUAAGUCGCCUAAAGGAUAUGGUCGAGCGUAGACAGAGCCUAAAAGAGGGCGAUGGAUUUCCGACGGUAGAAUGCGGCUUUUUGUGCGUUCAUCUUUUGGCGAAUGGAUACGAGCCGAAAUUUGGAGGAUUUGGCAGUCAGUUCAGAAUGAACGCACCAAAAUUUCCCGAGCCAGUUAACUUCAACUUUCUUUUCAGCGUAUAUGCUUUGAGCAAUUUGUCCGAGCUGCGUAAGGAGUGUCUAGAAAUGUGUCUACAUACCCUAACAAAGAUGGCUUAUGGUGGAAUUCACGAUCAUGUAGGACAAGGAUUCUCGAGGUAUUCCGUAGAUGGUGAGUGGCAUGUACCACACUUUGAAAAAAUGCUCUAUGAUCAAGCGCAAAUAAUACAAGCUUACGCUGACGCUUAUGUUAUCACAAAAGAUUCGUUUUAUUCCGAUAUCGUGGACGAUAUAGCAAAGUACGUCGAGCGUGAUCUACGACAUAAGGAAGGUGGUUUCUACAGUGCGGAGGAUGCAGACUCACUGCCGGAGUCAAAGUCUUCGGCGAAACGGGAAGGCGCGUUCUAUGUUUGGACUUACGAUGAAGUCAAGAGUCUUUUAAAUAAAAAAGUACCUGGCCGUAAUAACGUUCGAUUUUUUGAUCUGAUAUGCUAUCACUUCAAUGUGAAAAAAGAGGGAAAUGUGCGAAAGGCUCAAGAUCCUCACGGCGAACUCACAGGUAAAAACGUGCUUAUUGCAUAUGAGGCAGUGGAGAAAACUGCGGAGCAUUUCAACAUUAGUCUGGAGGAUACGAAAACCUAUAUCAAGCAGGCUUGCUUGAUUUUGUUUAAAGAAAGAUCGAAAAGACCGCGACCCCAUUUAGACGAUAAGAUGGUUACAGCGUGGAAUGGUCUUAUGAUAAGUGGCUUCGCGCGCGCUGGAGCAGCUGUACGGAACUCAAAGUAUGUAGAAUUAGCGACGGAUGCUGCCAAAUUCGUGGAGCAGUACUUGUUUGAUAAAAAUAAAGGCACGCUGCUUCGUAGUUGCUAUCGCGAGGAGGACGAUAGGAUUAUACAGACGAGUGUACCGAUAUACGGUUUCCACGACGACUAUGCGUUUGUUGUGAAGGGACUACUCGACUUAUAUCAGGCCAACUUUGAUGUACACUGGCUCGAGCUCGCCGAACAGUUGCAAGAUACACAGGAUGAACUGUUUUGGGAUUCGCAGGACGGCGGUUACUUCUCAACAGUCGAGGACUCUCAGAUGAUUCUACGAAUGAAAGACGCUCAUGAUGGCGCAGAACCGUCUAGUAAUUCGAUCGCUUGCUCCAAUCUGUUGCGGCUAGCGGCUUUCUUAGACCGUAACGAACUCAAGGAAAAGGCUGCGCAGCUCUUACGCGCUUUCGGCAAAGGACUCACGGAGAUACCGAUUAUGUUUCCGCAAAUGACCCUGGCACUGCUCGAUUAUCACUACACGACGCAGAUUUAUAUAAUAGGGAAAUCAGACGCUGAGGACACGAACGAGAUGUUGAACGUGGUCCGAGAACGUUUAAUACCCGGCAUGGUGCUCUCACUGGUCGAUCAUGAGCGGUCACAGGACAAUGUCCUGUUUCGUAAGAACACGAUCAUCAGUAAGAUGAAACCACAGAACGGUCGCGCGACGGUUUUCGUGUGCCGACAUCACACGUGCUCCCCACCCACCACGAGUCCUAGAGAGCUUGCCUCUCUAUUGGACGACAAGGGAUUUUCCGCCUUGUGAACAGCGCGGCGAGGUGGCUUGGAUUUCGCAUUGCGCACAUUCACCGUGUAUCAGGGACGGCAAUAUACAUAGCCCAGGGGAGUCGUGCCGCGAUUAUUCACCGAUAUAUCUUGGCUCGCGUCUCAGGAUCUACUACUGUUAAAUAAUGCAAUGUUAGUCGAUGAACUGGCAUAGGGAGAGUUCGUUCCUGCGGUAGUAUCGUCUUCGUGACUAGAGGUAACUCAAACAAAUCGUUAGCGCGUCGCGGUCGAAUAGAGAGAUCUAUCCCUUCAGUGUUGUGUCGACGUUGACAGUGUUGGGAUCGCAGAGAAGAUUCGUUGUUAUGUAUUAUAGUAUUGUUUCGUAUUGUGCUGUAAUACAAUUGUAUUGUAUUGUAAUAUCGUUUAUUCUUGUUCUGAAUAAAGUAAGCAACUAAUAAAAUAAAUAUGCAUUACA